GAAAGUCCGUCCCCCAGCUGUAGUGUCGCCGUGACGACCGCGCCGUGGUCCCGCCUUCCUCCCCCUUGCCUAGAGCAUCCUGGCUCCCUCCUGCUGCGGUCCGGUGCCAGGGCGUCCCUCCAGCCGCCCGCCGGUCCUCCCGCCGAUUCACCCACCCACCCAUCCAUCCUUCUUUCCCCUCCCAGGCCCCGGGCUCCGGCCGCGGGGACAAGUCCCAGGCUGGAAGAAGGGGAGCCUGGAAGGGGGACACGGCCAUGGAGGGGGGCUCGAGCAGGGGGCGGGCGGAGGAGGACGAGGUUGCUGCCGCCCCCAACCCCUUCGUCCACGAACUGCAGCUGACCCGCCUGCAGAAAGUCAAGAUCGCAGAGCACUUCACAAGCAAAAUGGAAAAUAAAGAACUGCAACAGCAAUUCUACGUGCUGGGGGCCGUGCUAGCUCCAAUCCGUGUCGCAUUGGCCUUUGUGGUCCUGUUUCUCAUCUGGCCCUUUGCUCUGCUCCAAGUGGUCGGCCUGCCGGAGGAGACCCUUCAAGAGCCGUUCUCUGGUUGGAGAAACACAGUUUCCCACGGUUCUGUCUACUUCCUUAGCCGCCUGAUGUUCUUCCUGCUAGGAUUUAUGCGGAUACGAGUUCGAGGUCAAAGGGCGUCGCGGCUCGAAGCUCCCAUCCUGGUGGCGGCUCCUCACUCGACUUUCUUUGACCCCAUCAUCCUGCUGCCCUGUGACCUCCCCAAAGUGGUCUCUCGCACAGAGAACCUCCAUGUGCCAGUCAUUGGAGCCCUGCUGAGGUUCAACCAGGCUAUCCUGGUCUCCCGCCACGAUCCGGCCUCUCGCAAGAAGGUGGUGGAGGAAGUGAAGAGGCGGGCAACUUCUCGGGGGAAAUGGCCGCAAGUCCUUUUUUUCCCAGAGGGAACCUGCUCAAACAAGAAAGCCUUACUGAAGUUUAAACCAGGUGCCUUCAUAUCUGGUGUCCCUGUCCAGCCGGUCCUCAUUCGAUACCCAAACUCUCUGGAUUCAACAACAUGGGCAUGGAGAGGACCCGGAGUGUUAAAAGUGAUCUGGCUAACAGCAUCUCAGCCCUGCACUACUGUGGAAGUAGAGUUCCUCCCAGUUUAUCAGCCCAGCGCCGAAGAGGCUGUGAACCCCACGCUGUAUGCGAAUAACGUGCAGAAAGUGAUGGCCAAAGCCCUGGGGAUCCCUGCCACGGAAUGUGAGUUUGUGGGCAACCUUCCAGUCACCGUCGUGGGGCGCCUGAGAGUGGCCCUGGAACCACGCAUCUGGGAAUUGGGCAAGGUACUACGAAAGGCCAGGUGCCUAACAGGUGGAGUCAAGUGCCGGUUGGAUUCAUUGCCCAGUGGUGCAUCAGGGCAGUUAGGACCAACUGAGCUAGCUCACUGGCUGGGGCUGGCCUGCCCCAAGGCUGUCGAAGGGCUGUGCACCUAUUUCCAACAGGAUGCUGAUGGCAACAUGGACUCCCGGGAAGUGGCCCUGGCCCUGGAGGCCCUGGAAGGAGAGCAUGGCCCACAGGAACUGACGCGUCGUGCCUUUGAGCUGUUCUCAGAGGCAGGUGCCGGGACAGGAGAUUGCCGGCUGCGCCAGGAUGGAUUCUGCGCCAUUUUGCGCCUCCUGCUGGGCACACCGGGCGCAGAUGGGGCUGAACUCUAUAGCCGGCUCUGUGGGGACUGCAGCCAAGAUGGACUGACCCUUGAUGAGUUCCAAGACUUCUCUCUUCAUCACCCUGACUAUGCCCGCCUGUUUAGCACGUACCUGCACACUCCCGUGGCCUGCACUCUGUCCAAGCCUGGCCUCCCGCCCACCUAUGCUAAUGGCGUCCCUUCUGCCCCUCCGAAGAGCAAGGCGGACUGACCUCCCCCCGAAAACCUCCUUAGCCAUGUGUAUACAAUGGGACACACACACAGCCAUGCCACUCCCUUGGCCACGCAGACCCUGCCCCUCUUGCUUGCUUGCUCCCUGCCGCCAUGGUGGUUAGGCAAAGGGGGGGCGGAGACACCCCCAUCUCAGGGCAACCGUAACCGGGGAAAUCACAGCCGCAAGUUCUUUGGGGAUUGGGGCUUCUCUCCGUUUAUUCUGAAAGUUUAUUUUUGGUAUGUUUUAAUUAUAUCGUUUUUCACGUUAUUGAUAUUUUUUUGUUCAUUUGUCAAGGGGAAGGAACGAUGGAAGGAUGAGAAACUGUUGCUUUUUGAUUUAUUUUCUGUUUUGUAAAAUAUAUAAAAAGUGCUAUUUUAUAUAUAAAUAUCUAUAU